AGGUUUCAACGAAGAAAUGAUGUGUUCCUGUUCCAUUUUAACGAGUAAGUUGAGUUCCUCUUCUAGUCUUGGGCUGUAGGCGAUGACGACCGAAUCCUCCAAGGAUCCAAAGUCCUUGUACGACUUUGCUGUUAAGAAUGCUAAGGGAGAUGUUGUCGAUCUCUCCACUUACAAGGGAAAAGUCUUGCUCAUUGUCAAUGUUGCUUCUAAAUGUGGUUUGACCAACUCGAAUUAUGCGGAGCUGAAUCAAUUAUAUGAGAAGUAUAAAGACGAAGGCCUGGAGAUUCUGGCAUUUCCAUGUAAUCAAUUUGGUGAGCAAGAACCAGAAAGCAAUGAUAAAAUUGUGGACUUUGUCUGCACUCGCUUCAAAUCUGAAUUCCCCAUCUUUGAUAAGAUUGAAGUGAAUGGGGAAAAUUCUUCUCCUGUGUAUAAAUUCUUGAAGUCAGGGAAAUGGGGUAUUUUUGGGGAUGAUAUUCAGUGGAACUUUGCCAAGUUUGUGGUUGAUAAGAACGGACAAGUAGUGGGUCGCUACUAUCCCACCACUUCUCCUCUCAGCCUUGAGCGAGACAUCCGUCAGCUUCUGGGUAUUGAGUGAAGGCAAAAAGAUACAAUGUGGCCUAUCUCAUGUCUUCCUGAGUUCAUUAUGCAAUGUUAUGUAAUAUGCACAAACUAAUGUCAUGGACAUCAUUCAGACCAUGUUUCGUAAUGACUUCCUUUAAUUUCAUUUCUAUCAUUCUCCCAGCUAUUUAAUGCAUAUUCCUCGUUUGUUUUUUUAACCCUCAACGUUCCAUGUUUGUAAUAAAUAGGUGAAACCUAUGAAAGCUCCAAUUUUAAUUGAUUUUGUUUGUUCA